AUGGCAUUUGCACCCCCCAAAAACACAGAUGGUCCCAAAAUGCAGACAAAGAUGAGUACCUGGACACCCCUAAACCAUCAGCUUUUGAAUGACCGGGUAUUUGAAGAAAGAAGAGCUCUGCUUGGAAAAUGGUUUGACAAAUGGACGGAUACUCAGAGGAGAAGAAUCCUGACAGGCUUGUUAGAACGCUGCUCCCUGUCACAGCAAAAGUUCUGCUGUCGAAAGCUUCAGGAGAAAAUUCCAGCAGAAGCUCUGGAUUUUACUACCAAACUCCCAAGGGUGUUAUCUUUAUAUAUCUUUUCCUUCCUGGAUCCCCGAAGCCUUUGUCGUUGUGCACAGGUGAGCUGGCAUUGGAAGAACUUAACUGAACUGGAUCAGCUCUGGAUGCUAAAAUGUUUACGGUUUAACUGGUACAUCAAUUUCUCCCCAACUCCCUAUGAGCAGGGUGUGUGGAAGAAGCAUUAUAUUCAAAUGGUGAAAGAACUCCAUGUUACCAAGCCCAAGACACCUCCAAAAGAUGGGUUUGUGGUCGCGGAUGUUCAACCCAUUAGAAGCAGUUCUCCAGGGGGAAAGCUGUCUCCUUCAUCCGCUUUCCGAUCCUCUUCCUCUUUGAGAAAGAAGGUCCACCCAGGGGAGAAAGAACUCCCACCCUGGAGGUCUUCUGACAAGCAUCCAACUGAUAUCAUUCGCUUCAAUUACCUGGACAACUGUGACCCCAUUGAACACAGCUGGCAAGGAAGAAGGAAAAGACAUGAAAUGACUCCAGCUUUCAACCGACAGUCACGUGAUAAGAAAAAUAAAUCACAGGACAGAUCUAAACUAAGAAAAGCACAGUCGCUGAGCUCCUUAAAUGCAGAACCCAGGGCCUCCCUACACGUUCCAGCUCACCUUGCUUGGCUUCCUCACCAGCCACUGGGCCUCCCAGCCACUGAGGCAGCAACAAAAACUCUCACACAGCAUCUGCAGAGGCUCUCUGGACUUCAGUCAUCGCCCCAGGCCUUCCAGCAGCAGCUGAUGCAAAAAAUGUGA